AUGAUUAUCACUGCUUCAAUUCAUAAAAACUCUUUUCUUUUAAUUGAGGAUGGAAGACCCUUCAGACGAGGGAGAUAUCAAGCCUUUGAUCCAUCUGCAGAAGAGUUUGAGGAGAUGGUUGCAGAAAGGGCUGAUAUGAUGAAGAAUGUUGGAAAGAAGGUAACGUUUGCAGGUUAUCCCACAAAUGAGCCAAUGUAAUUUGUUAUCUCAUUCACGGCAGCCAAUGAAACUUGUUAACGUUAUCUCGAUUUUCCCAGAGUUAUGCCAAACCUAACGUGCGAAUGUGUAUACUCUGGUUUCAAGAUUGGGAUGGUGUCCACUUACAAUUAAGAGGCGUCCACAAGGACUGACUGCAACAUGUUUUGUUGCUAAAUGUUCCUUUUUCAUACUAUUAGGUGGACGAGAAUAUUAAGAAGGCCCAAGCAAAGCAAAAGGAAGAAUAUGCAAAAACAAAAAACAAGUGUGUGAAGGUUUUUAAUAUUUCCUUCGAAAAUGCAUGAAAAACACUGGACGAAAAGGUGGCAAGUUGGAUGCUCUAUGGACUGGUCUAAACAGGUAUUAAGUAAAACAGUGAAACAGUUAUUGUAGGUCUCAAUCAGUGAAAUCAUACUUUAAGAUUAUAUUAUUUUUACCAUGCCUCCCACAAGACAAAAUGAUACUCCCUGGUUUUUUGGGAAGGGGGGAAACAAAGAUGAAGGGCCUGGCUUGUGAACCCAUAGAAUGAUACUGUUUGUUUCUCAAGAAACAGAUCAGACCCCUCUAUGCAAAGUCAUUUGAAUGUAUCAUUUCAUUUAGGAUUGUUGAAAUCGAUAACCACCAAAGGAUCCAAUUGGCCCAUAUCAAAAGCGGGGAAACGUUAAAAGUGAAAGUCGCAUAUGAUCAAAUCCGUCCACAUGUUACAAGUGAUCUUCAUAAACCGGUGGUGCCUGAAGUAUCUAUUAAUUCUGACCCAAGCAGCUGCACAGAUAUAACAGACAAUGAUGUUCCCAGAAAUCAGUCUGCCGUUCCUUGUCCAAUAAAGGAUUCCCAAGACAGUCCCACCUCUGCUGUUAAGUCCUUAGAGGAACAUGAAGCCAGUGUUACCAACAUUCCCAACAAAAUUGAUGAAGACAUAAAAAUUGUGAGUUAUACAAAAGCGAGAAAGAGGAAAGUUGGGUCAGUGCCUGUCAAAAAAGCAAACCUGAUGAAGAACAAUUCACGACUUCUCCCAGACAUUCAGAAUGGUGCAUGGUUAUCAGAUGAACAUAUUGAACAUGCACAGGCUAUGCUUGCAAAACAAUUUCCUGAUAUUGGUGGCUUGCAGGCUGUCUGCGUAUUUGCUCCCGAAGGUUGUCAACGAGUUGGUACACCUGAGCAGAGUUUUGUCCAAGUUUAA